GCCGCCGCCAGCCGCCAGGUCUGAACAGAAUUAAGAAGAAAAAGCUUUCACAGUCACAGCAGAUGAAGAUCCACUGGUAAAUUGAUUAGGAUUUUUGGCCUGCCCUCCAAAGAAAAGGAGCGGAAAGAAUGUCGGAGCGGGCCGCGGAUGACGUCAGGGGGGAGCCGCGCCGAGCGGCAGCGGCGGGCGGAGCAGCGGCCGCGGCCGCCCGUCAGCAGCAGCAGCAGCCUCCGCAGCCUCCGCAGCCCCAGCGGCAGCCGCCGCCGCGGCGCCUACGGCCGGAGGACGGCGGCCCGGGCGCCGCCUCCACCUCGGCCGCUGCCGCAAUGGCGACCGUCGGGGAGCGCCGGCCCCUGCCCAGUCCCGAAGCGAUGCUGGGACAGUCGUGGAAUCUGUGGGUCGAGGCUUCCAAACUUCCUGGGAAGGACGGGACGGAAUUGGACGAAAGUUUCAAGGAGUUUGGGAAAAACCGCGAAGUCAUGGGGCUCUGUCGCGAAGACAUGCCAAUAUUUGGUCUCUGUCCAGCCCACGAUGAUUUCUACUUGGUGGUGUGUAACGACUGUAAUCAGGUUGUCAAACCGCAGGCAUUUCAAUCACAUUAUGAAAGAAGACAUAGCUCAUCCAACAAGCCUUCUUUGGCCGUUCCUCCCAAUUCAGUAUUCUCCUUCUUCCCUUCUCUGUCCAAAAGCAAAGGAGGCAGUGGAAGUGGAAGCAGCCGUUCUUCCAGCGGAGGUGUUCUAAGCGCAUCCUCAUUAAGUUCCAAGUUGUUGAAAUCGCCCAAAGAGAAACUGCAGCUCAGGGGGAACAGGCCAAUGCAUCCCAUUCAGCAAAAUAGAGUCCCCCAUGGUAGAAUCAUGACGCCCUCUGUCAAAGUGGAAAAGAUUCAUCCGAAGAUGGAUGGCACACUACUGAAAUCCGCGGUGGGGCCAACCUGUCCUGCUACUGUGAGUUCCUCAGUCAAGCCUGGCCUUAACUGCCCCUCAAUACCAAAGCCAACCUUGCCUUCACCUGGACAGAUUUUGAAUGGCAAAGGGCUUCCUGCACCGCCCACUCUGGAAAAGAAGUCAGAGGAUAAUUCCAAUAACAGGAAAUUUUUAAAUAAGAGAUUAUCAGAAAGAGAGUUUGAUCCUGACAUUCACUGUGGGGUCAUCGAUCUCGACACCAAGAAGCCCUGCACCCGGUCUUUGACGUGCAAGACACAUUCCUUAACCCAGCGGAGGGCUGUCCAGGGUCGAAGAAAACGAUUUGAUGUGUUAUUAGCCGAGCACAAAAACAAAACCAGGGAAAAGGAAUCGAUCCGCCAUCCGGACUCUCAGCAACCAACGCAGCCUCUCAGGGACCCGCAUCCCACCCCUCCUAGAACUUCACAGGAGCCACACCAAAACUCUCACGGAGUGAUUCCUCCCGAAUCAAAGCCUUUCAUAGCUAGUAAACCUAAACCUCACACCCCCAGUCUUCCAAGGCCUCCAGGCUGCCCUGCUCAGCAAGGUGGGAGUGCCCCCAUUGACCCUCCUCCAGUCCAUGAGUCUCCACACCCUCCCCUGCCUGCCACUGAGCCAGCUUCUCGGUUAUCCAGUGAGGAGGGAGAAGGCGAUGACAAAGAAGAGUCUGUUGAAAAACUGGACUGUCAUUAUUCAGGUCAUCAUCCUCAGCCAGCAUCUUUUUGCACAUUUGGGAGCCGGCAGAUUGGACGAGGCUAUUACGUGUUUGACUCCAGGUGGAACCGGCUUCGCUGCGCCCUCAACCUCAUGGUGGAGAAGCAUCUGAACGCGCAGCUGUGGAAGAAAAUCCCGCCAGUGCCCAGUACCACAUCGCCCGUCUCCACACGGGUUCCUCACCGGACAAACUCUGUGCCGACAUCCCAGUGUGGGGUCAGCUAUUUGGCAGCAGCCACUGUGUCUCCAUCCCCUGUUCUGCUCUCUUCCACCUGCAUCUCCCCCAGCAGCAAGUCGGUACCAGCUCAUGGAACCACACUCAACGCCCAGCCUGCCACCUCUGGGGCAGUGGACCCGGUGUGCGGCAUGCAGUCCAGACAAGUGUCCUCCUCCUCCUCGCCUUCCACUCCCUCUGGCCUGUCUUCCGUGCCCUCCUCCCCCAUGUCCAGGAAACCUCAGAAGUUGAAAUCCAGCAAGUCUUUAAGGCCCAAGGAGUCUUCUGGUAACAGCACUAAUUGUCACAACGCCAGUAGCAGCACCAGCGGCGGCUCAGGAAAGAAACGCAAAAACAGCUCCCCGCUCUUAGUUCAUUCGUCCUCGUCCUCGUCCUCCUCCUCCUCUUCUUCUCAUUCCAUGGAGUCUUUUAGAAAAAACUGUGUGGCACACUCUGGUCCUCCCCUCCCCUUGGCGGUGGCCUCGUCCCACAGUGUGGGCCCCAACUGUGUGGCCAGCAGGGCAAACUUGGUGGGCGCCCGGCAUGAGCAGUCGGGGAGGGGUGCCCCGGGUGGCAGCCCCGUCGAGCCCAUCAAGAGGAUGAGCGUGAUGGUGAACAGCAGUGACUCCACGCUCUCCCUCGGCCCCUUCGUGCACCAGGCCGGCGAGCUGACCGUCAACUCUCAUGGCGGCUACUCGCACCCACACACUCCCCUGGACAGACUCAUAGGAAAGAAAAGAAAGUGCUCGCCCAGCUCGGGUAGCAUCAGCAAUAGCAGUGGCAAACCCAGCAAGGUCGCCAGGUUGCCAGCCGUGAACAACGUGCACGUGAAGCACUCGGGCCCCAGCCCGGGGCCACCGGGGCUGAUGAACAGUUCCCUCCUCCAUCAGCCAAAGGCACGUCCCUGACAGCUGAAAAUAGCACGGGGAGGAAUAUUCUGGACACUUUUGACGACAAGUUACACCUCCACUCUGCACUCUGGACUCCACGAUGCCUUUGAGUCUGUUUUCCCAACCUCCUGUGGGCCUCGCGGGUAGAAAUCGGCCGGGCUGUUGCUUUAACGAGGAUGGCCCUGAAGCUAUGUCUGUAGCAGUGAGUACUCGUAAAGGACACUGGAUCAAGUUCGGCCACCGAAUUGCUUUUAUCAGUGUUAAAGUGGUCUGGACUGCUUGCUACAAUCUUUGAGAAGUUCCAUCUUGUUGCUGAACUUGCAGUAUAUCACAGAGCCACUCUUGGAGGAGGUUGGCUGGCACAAGAGUGUCUUGGCAAGAGCGUGACUGUAGACUUUUCUUCCUCCCUCUCCCUGCCCCAGUUCUUUUUCACACUGUCGCCUGUCAGUUCCUCUCCAGCAGUCAGACACCUUGACUAGAGAUGCCUCCCAGGGGUGAGCAGUGCUGCACCUGAGCAGCCCUCUGGAGGAGGGGGUGUGUGGUUAGGUCUUGUAGCACUGUGCCAGGAGUGGAACACGAAUCUUAGUGUAGGGCACCAUGACAAAAUAGCCUGUGCUUUUGGCCAGCCUUUUGCAAGUAAUUUGGGAUCAGAAGCCGUCAGAAGUUUCUAACGUACAAACUGCUUUAAAGCCAUUGUUGGUCAGGAGCAAGUAGACACCAUUUUAGAGGCUUACUUUCCAUGGUACAAAAGCAAUUCUGUGUGAUUAAAAAGAAAGAAAGAAAGAAAAUGCAAACAGCUGAUAGUGGAAAGCCAAAUUUUGGUGGGGGUGGAUAAAAAUCACUAUGGGGGGAAAAUUUUCCAAAAUUUCCAAAGAGAUGGGAUUUUUUUAAACCUUUGUUUUUCAUGUUAAACAAUACGCCAUUAGGUUGGUUGUCCUGCCCAGUCUCCUGUUUUUAAAAAUUGCCUUUGUAAAGUGUGAAAUAUUGGCCUGCAGCAGAAACUCUCCUUGACAAAGUCACAGAUAGAACGUAAAUGUUUCCAAGGCACUCAGUGCUUUACCCUCUGCUUCUUUGGAUGCUGUCCUGGGGCUAAGUGUAAAUUUCCUCUUGGAACAAUCCCCACAGCGGGUGUCUCCACAUCCCUUCCUGCCCCUGUGUAUGUUUCUGUGGAUGCCAGUGGGGUGGGAAGCAGGCACCCGGGGAGGGGCAUUGGUUAGUGUGCCUCCUUUCUGGGGAUUCAUGCCUACCAUACUCCUGAGAGUUUCUGAGACCCUCCAGUAUAUUUUUUCGGCGUACCCCACUGCAAAAAGAAAGGGCUUGAUAGGUUGAAACAUCAUUACUUGAGAAAGUGUCAUUGAAUUGGGGGGCAUGAGCUGGAACUUUUUAGGAGGUAAUUCCACCACUACAGCUCCUGAAAGGAGGACCAGGCACUUUUGCUUAGAAUCCACAAAGUUGCCGAAUGCAGGGUGGAUUUCCCGAGGCUCUGGUCAUUGCCCUGGGCAGGGCCAGGACAGAGCCAGUCAGUGCGUCUGUUUUCCUUAUAAUUCUUGGGUUACAAACUUCAGUUUCAGGGAAUUUUAAGUCAACAACAGGUAGAAUGAAUAAAUACUUGGUUACCUAAUAAUAAUGUGAAUUGCUACAGAAUUAUUAUUAUGUAAGAUAACAAAAACUUUAUGCAGAUACUUUAGUUAUAAAUUGAUGUAAAAUAUUGACCUUUUUUUAAAGGAAGGGGAGAACAGUAUCUUGUUCACUUAUUAUGCAAUCAAUCAGUAAAUGUUUUAAAAUGAUACUGUAAGAGAGCUUGUAAGAAGAGAGCAUGGAUGGGCCAGUCGGGGUAGUUAGGAAGAUCAGUCUGGUUGUUCCAUCCCAAAAGAGGGAGAGAAGGAGGUGAGAGGGAAUCAGAACGUACUAAGUUGAUUCCUUGGUGACAUGUGCAAUGGGGAAUGGUAGAAUUUAUUUUGAGAGCCAAGGGGACUUGAUGGUUAUAAAUAAAGUUGCUUUUAGUGAUGGAGUUUAUAGACAGAUCAUGUUGUUCCGAAAGAUGUGAAUAGGAUCCAUGAUAGCAAGUUGAUUCAGAAUAAUGUAGAUAUUUAGAUUAGCAAGUCUUGAUCAUUUGAUUUCUUAGACUGAGGUUUUAAUUGAAUUUCAUUAGUGUCUCCCGGUAGUACACAAAGCAUCGGGAUUAGGAAAUUAGCCAUUUUGGAUUCUGCCUGCCACAAACAGACCUAUUCUAAACAGUGCUAUUAAAUUUUAGACUGUUGUUCAAAUAUUUUAUUUUCUCCUACAACUUUUUAUUACGAUGAACAAUUAAGACCAUUUAAAACAUGGGAGUACAAGUAUUUUUUUGAAUUAAAUUAACUUGCAAAAACCAAAUUUGCAGUGGUUGGGUGGUUUCUAGACAGACUUUGGUAUCAAUUUAAAACCAAGAUAAUUUUUAUAUUCUUUCCAACAGAAUUUCAUGACAACUCCUGCAGUUUUCUUAACCUACAAAAAAAAAAAAAGUGCUGCAAAGA